AUGCAGUUCUCCGCCCUCGCCAUCGCAGCUCUUGUGCUGUCUUCCGGUGCAUCAGCCACCCACCGAGUUGAUCUUCGAUCUCCAAAGCUUCAGGGCCCCCAGCCCUUUCCAUGGCGUGCGACUCAUGUCCUUCGCGCCGGGUUUGGCCAGGUUGUCAUCCCUUCCGUCAUUACCCAGCUUCCUAAGCCUCAGUGUAAGUAA